AUGGCAAUGGUAGCGCCGGACCAACGACAACUCCGGCCGGACAAAUGCGGUAGCAGCAACGCGGAAUGCCGCACCGACGACAAACGUCCCUCCGCCAGCUUCCUCGACGCCUUCCCGCAUCAGAAGGAGGACGGCCAAGCGCCGGACCCCGUCCUGGAGACCAGUUUGGCGAUGCGAAAAUUGUCCGAGGCUUUUGGUAAGUGUGUUUUUGUUUAA